AUGAGCCUCACCGAGGCGCCGUCCCCGUCGUCGUCGAGCGGGAGCGAUGACUUCGCAACCUUCCUCGCCUCCGAGCUCGAGCUCGCCUCCGGUGUUGACUCCGCCUUCCCUGGUGACCCCUCCUCCGUUUUCCUCGCCACCGACGACGAGGGCGAGGACGAGGAUCCAGAGGAGCUAGAGGUUGAAGCCAUAGAACAAAACGGGCUUAACCGCUCUGCAGUUAAUCUAAUAAUUUGUAGGAACAAAAUAAAGUGCAAUGCUUGCUCGGAUUUGGAAGGGCAAGCUGUAUCGACCACCCGUGGUCAUCUUUUAUGUGCAGAUGAUGCUAGGAAAAUACUCAAUAAUGAUGGUACAUGUCCAAUUUGUGAUCAGGUGCUCUCAAAAAGCCAUAUGAAACCUAUGGAUAUAAAUCCAGGUGAUGAUUGGACAAAUAUGGCAAUGGUUGGAAUAUCCCCACAAAUAUUUAUGAAGAGUGCAUACAGAAGCGUAAUGUUCUACAUUGGACAAAAGGAACUGGAGAUGCAGUACAAGAUGAACAGAAUUGUUGGUCAUUGUAGGCAAAAAUGUGAACUUAUGCAGGCGAAAUUUACUGAGAAACUAGAAGAAGUACAUACCGCAUACCAGAAGAUGGUGAAAAGAUGUAAGUUGUUGGAGCAAGAGAAUGAAAACUUGAACAGAGAUAAGCAUGAGCUGCAAGAAAAAUUUGCUGAGAAAUCCAGGUAG